GGUCAGGUCACGACCCGUCCGCCCCAGUUGAGGUAUAUAACGCGUUGCGCCCUCCUUCGUCAACGCAGUUUUGCGCUCCUAUCGACGUCUCUCGCAUCGGCGCCAUGGCUUGUAAGUUGGUCCUGUUGGCUUGUGUGGCGGCCGUGGGCUUAUCAGCGCCCCAGCAGCAAGGGUACGGAUACCAGCCGCCGCCGCAACCCUCUAGCCUCUAUCAAACGCCCACGAGACCAACCCGGCCGCCCACGAGACCGACCCGGCCCCCUCCACCACCACCACCACCCCAGCCACCCACCCAACUCUACAACACCCCUGGACCCAGCCCCUCCCCAUCCAACAACAGACCGAAUACCUACACUCCUCCUCCACCUGGCCAGAUGGAAGGGAUGCCCUACGACUUCACCUGGGGCGUGGAAGACCAGGACAGCGGCAACUCCUUCAGCCACGUCGAGAACAGCGACGGCAGGACCACUCAAGGAGAAUACAGGGUGCUUCUUCCUGAUGGACGAACUCAGGUGGUGACCUUCUACGAUAACGGCGACGGCUUCAACGCGGAGGUGACUUACAUAUAAAUUGCCCACACAAGCCAAGAGGACCCUUCGAAGAACACCCGAUUCCCAGAAAUGUACAUUUUGGACAACGAAAGCUUUGGCGCUUAGUGUUCCGCUUCCCAGGUAAAAAAUAAAUUGUAGAGGACGUAAAAAUAUUGUCUCGAGAUUAUCUGCAUUUUUAAUUCAACGAGACAGCUUUCCUCCAGAAUGUACGAACACCCCACGAAUUUAUAUUCAAGAUAUACGACCCACCUUUGCCCCCUGCGCGCCGAUGAAACGACUCUUCCGAACGACCAGUACUUUUUUUUAUAUAUAUCUCGUAAUUGCUGUUAGUAGGUUUAGUUUUAGCAUCAUAUUAUAGGACGAUAGUUGUGGAAUACCGUCUGAGGAUCUGUCCAUACCAUUAUCAUUUACUUUUUCAUUGUCGUAUCAAAGGAUACCACCAUUUGCCUGAAGGAUAAUAUUUAAUGGAUGUGAUUUGUCUACACUUGAACGAAAUUGUAUUAAUAUUCUUAUCAUUAUAAUUGACGCUGUCACCAUUUUCCUGAAAGAUGAUAUAUAAUGAAAAUAUUCCGUUCUAUGAAUCCUAUCAGAAUCUUAGUCAUGAUUUUUCUAAACUUCAACGAAAUUCAUAUUAGUUAUAGAUUUCAGCUACUCGAAUAUCUUUUUUUUUUCUUCUUUUUUUGUUGAAAACAGAUUCUGCAAAAUUAAAAAAUUUAAAAAAUAAAAAGUAGUUCCACUUCGCCUUAGUGACUCAGGACGUAGUUAUUGUGUGUUUACGUGAUUAGGCUUUUUUUUAAUGUGAAGGUGAUAUAUGCACAUUUUCUUUCACAUCGAGGAGAAUUCAUAUGUGUGCAUAACAUGCGUAUACUAACGAAUAUGUAUUUAUGUACACACAUAUCCCAAGAAUGUAUAUAUUAUAUAUUUUUAUGUAUGUAAUCUUCCCCUGUACUGUGACAGAACGAUAAAAAAUUUAUCUGUAA